UUUGUCUUCACCUGUUUGUAAUUUAUAGUGCUGUGCAUUUUACAAUUCAGUGAACUGAGUACAUUCAUAAUAAUAAUAAUACAAGUCUAAUGCCCUCUGUUGACAAUCCGAGGAAACAUAUUCAAAUGACUCCAAAUGCAAAAUGGCAGUUUAAGCUGUUGCAGCCAGAGAGACCACAUGUGUUUUUAGUCCCGACUUAUGAAUAAACAUCUCUCCCAGAUAUGGAUGCCUGUCACUGGAUGACCUUUUAUUACAUCUGUUUUCUCUUUUUUUGUCCCUUGCAAAAACGGCCCGUAUUAUUAUGUAAAAUUAUGCUUAUGAAAACAUAAGUCUGCCCCUCUCCUGCGUUCACCUUCACCUGGCAAGCAUGACUCAACUUCACAUUUCCCCAUAGUGGGUGAAAGACAGUGGGGUUUUUUAUAUUGAAGCCAGGUGUGUGCCUGCGCUCUACCUGAUGUUUAACGCCAUUCCUUAACCAGAUUACAGCACGCUCCAAGUAUUAGCAAGACUCAAAUAUAAACAUAAAACAGCUGUGUUUAUUUUUAGAUAUUGUGAAACUAAGAAAGUGGCCCUAAUAAAGAACGCCAAAUAACAGCUGUGCCGAUAAUUAGAUUUCCAAACUUUCAUAAAUAUAUAUAUUUGUUUGUUUUAAUAGGAAAAAAAAACAUAUAUCGGAGCUCAGCUUCAUUACAGAAAGAAAUGCUGUGCACGAUUAAGCAUAAUAAUCUGCAUUUUACCCACAGUGGAGUAUAAUGUAGAAAACCAAUAUAACAUACUGCAUGCAGUAAGGAGUGCCAGGGUCAAAGUCCCACAAGCCUGAAAAGAAAUCCAUUGACUGCUGAAUGGUGUCAUGAAUCAUGUAAAGGAAAAGAGGAGUGAUGAAAAAAAAGAAGGGGAAAAAUACAUUCACAACUCUGAAGAGGUUCUUGGUUUGAAAAACUGCUUGGCUCCGCACACGCUUGGCUCUACACACCAGCGGCAGCUUGACCAGCGCUGCACGGGCCAGAGUGCUGUCCAAAUGGGGCCGGUUUGAGUGAGGGAGAAAAACGUCUGUGUGCACCUCCGUGUUCUUUUGAUGCUUGCUAGUAUUACAGUAGAAUGACUCCACUGUCAUUGGUUGAAUAGGCCGGACUGCCUACUGUGACAGAAUAUGGGCCUCUCAUACCCAAAAGGAAGCAGUGUUGCUUCUUUAAGCAGAAAAAAAGAGUGGCCAAAAAUGAAGGAGCUGCACUCGUAAUAAAUCUUUACUUUCUGUAUGAUGCAGUGGAAUAUCCCCUCUGUAUGAAAAUAAGCUGAGCACAGUCCUGCCGGGCAUGAUGAUAAGUUGAUGAGGACAGUCUGUGAUGCGUCUAGACUCCGAGCCGUGGUGGAUCUAGAAUCCAUGUCAGGUUUUAGUGUAGACCUGCGCUCAGACAGCUCCUGCAGUCGGCAGCCUGGUAUCAACUGCACUGGCGCUGUUCACUGGAAGCCCGCUCCGCGCUGCUUCCUCCAAGUGUCUCAACACUGUGAGCGGGAUCUUUUCCAGAGGCUAGCCGCUGAAACUUGCCCAGUCCCCACACAGUAUCAUUCAGGGAAGCCAGGAGAGCAGCACCGGCGGCGGCUACAGUAGCGGAGAGAGAUCUUCGUCUUCUCCCCUCCACCAGACACUGAAAAGCCCCACUCUUGUCUGUCCCUCUCAGUCACUCAAGUCCUUGGUUUUUUGGUCCCCGAGCUUCGCUUCUCUUUCUUGACUCUUGUUGUUACCGCUGCUGCGUCGGGGAGUGAGGGCGCACGCACAGGGAGAGCCGAGACUCUAUGAGCCGCUCAGAGGUGUGCAUGAGGUGGCUGAUGAGUUAGGACUGAGCGCAGAGCAACACCUUGCGUGCCAUGGAAGUGUGCGCCCGGUGCAGGGGAAUGUACGGGCUGAAAGGGAGACCUGCCGCUUGAAAGCCAGCCUCUGUCCCAGACAAGGCGAGCAUGCCUGAGACCUGCAGACUCACUCUCUUCGCUGCAGAGGAGUUCACAUCAGACUGCCUUUCCACAAUCUGACAUUUUUUUAAACUAAUCUUUUUUAUACAGCUCACAGUUUCCUACUCACUGUCUUCAAUCAAGCCCCGCGUGGCUGCUUUUCGAGAAAGGUUAGAGGAUCAAUGAUGAGCAUCUCUGAGACCACUUGGCUUGGACUUUUCUAAUCAGAAGCUGUUAGUCACAACACAAAUCUGCCACACAACAUCAACACCUGGCACCAUGUCUUGCUCCCUGUGGAAACUACCCACUUUCUGCUGGUUUCUCAUCACUCUAGCCCAAGUACACUCCACAGAGGGGUUUAGUCGAGCUGCCCUGCCAUUUGGCUUAGUGCGGAGAGAGCUGUCUUGUGAGGGUUACCCCAUUGAUUUGCGGUGUCCAGGAAGUGAUGUCAUAAUGAUCGAAAGCGCCAACUAUGGCCGAACGGACGACAAGAUCUGCGAUGCCGACCCUUUCCAGAUGGAGAACAUAAACUGCUAUCUUCCAGACGCCUACAAGAUCAUGUCACAAAGAUGCAACAAUCGGACCCAGUGCAUUGUAAUCACGGGUUCAGAUGUCUUCCCCGACCCCUGCCCAGGGACCUACAAAUACCUGGAGGUCCAGUAUGAGUGUGUUCCCUACAUUUUUCUUUGUCCCGGGACUCUGAAAGCUGUCGGUGAACCUUCCUUUAUAUUUGAAGCGGAGCAGCAAGCUGGAGCCUGGUGCAAAGACCCACUGCAAGCCGGCGACAAAAUCUACUUCAUGCCUUGGACUCCAUACCGAACAGACACUCUAAUCGAGUACUCCUCCUUGGAUGACUUUCAAAAUGCCCGUCAAACCAUCACCUACAAGCUGCCGCACCGGGUGGACGGGACUGGAUUUGUGGUCUACGACGGGGCGGUGUUUUUCAACAAGGAGCGUACCCGAAACAUCGUGAAGUUUGACCUGCGGACUCGAAUCAAAAGUGGCGAGGCGAUCAUCAACAACGCCAACUACCACGACACGUCGCCCUACAAGUGGGGAGGAAAAACAGACAUUGACCUGGCGGUGGAUGAGAACGGGCUGUGGGUGAUUUAUGCCACAGAGCAGAACAAUGGUAUGAUGGUGAUCAGCCAGCUCAACCCCUACACGCUACGAUUUGAAGCUACCUGGGAAACGACCUAUGAUAAGCGCUCAGCCUCCAAUGCCUUCAUGGUCUGUGGAGUACUCUAUGUGGUCCGCUCCACCUACGAAGACAAUGAAAGUGAAGUCAGCAAGAGCCUGAUUGAUUAUAUUUACAAUACCAAACAGAACCGUGGGGAAUACGUUGAUAUCCACUUUCCCAACCAGUACCAGUACAUUGCAGCUGUGGAUUAUAAUCCGCGAGAUAACCAGCUCUAUGUGUGGAAUAACUUUUACAUCCUGAGGUACAACUUGGAGUUUGGCCUGCCUGAUCCGGCACAUGCACCGCCGUUUUCAGAAGUCACCACGACUCCGCCUACGAAAACGACAACCACCACAACAACAACCACAGUGCACUGGGGUGUGGACAACAAUACCACCACCACAGGGUACAAGGAGCGCAGCAAGGGAGCGCCCAGGCCACGUCCUGUAAUCCCACAGACUACUUCCCCUCCGCCCCUGGAGUCCUUCCCUUUACCUGAACGCUUCUGCAAGGCAACUGAGAAAAGAGACAUAAUGUGGCCUCAGACCCAGAGGGGCAUGCUUGUUGAGCGACCUUGUCCCAAGGGAACACGAGGCACAGCAUCUUAUUUAUGUGUCCUUUCCACCGGGGACUGGCACCCAAAGGGCCCUGAUCUCAGCAACUGCACCUCCCACUGGGUCAACCAAGUAGCCCAGAAGAUCCGCAGCGGUGAAAACGCGGCUAACUUGGCCAAUGAAUUAGCCAAGCACACCAAAGGACCCAUCUUUGCCGGAGACGUCAGCUCCUCAGUGCGCCUGAUGGAGCAGCUGGUGGACAUCCUGGAUGCGCAGCUGCAGGAGCUCAGACCCAGCGAGAAGGAUUCCGCAGGACGGAGCUUCAAUAAGCUCCAAAAGCGAGAAAGGACAUGCAGGGCAUACAUGAAGGCCAUCGUGGACACGGUGGAUAACCUUCUGCGACCAGAGGCGCUCAAGUCCUGGCAGGACAUGAACAGCACCGAGCAAACUCACGCAGCCACCAUGUUACUGGAUACUUUGGAGGAAGGGGCCUUCGUCCUCGCCGACAACCUCAUGGAACCGGCUAUUGUCAAAGUUCCAGCAGAUAAUAUAAUCCUGGAAGUGUAUGUUCUCAGCACGGAUGGCCAGGUCCAGGAUUUCAAAUUUCCACAGAUCGGCAAAAGCGGGAUCUCAAUCCAGCUCUCAGCCAAUACUGUUAAGCUCAACAGUCGGAAUGGAGUUGCCAAACUGGUUUUCAUGCUCUACAAAAACCUGAGCCAGUUCCUCAGCACAGAAAACGCCACCAUCAAGAUGGACAACGACGCUUACAGCCGCAACGUCUCGGUAGCCGUCAACUCGGACAUCAUCGCCGCCUCAAUCAACAAAGAGUCCAGCCGCGUGUUCAUUAAUGACCCCGUGAUUUUUACCCUGGAGCACAUUGAUAUGGAGCACUACUUCAACUCCAAUUGCUCCUUCUGGAAUUACUCUGAGAGAAGCAUGAUGGGCUACUGGUCCACCCAAGGCUGCAAACUCCUGGACUCCAAUAAAACACACACCACCUGCUCAUGCAGCCAUCUCACCAACUUUGCCAUCCUCAUGGCACACCGUGAAACCUCGGCCAGCAGCGAAGUGCACGAGCUGCUCCUGACCGUCAUCACUCGCGUCGGCAUCGUGGUGUCCCUCGUCUGCCUCAUGAUCAGCAUCUUCACCUUCUGCUUCUUCCGGGGCCUGCAGAGCGAUCGGAACACCAUCCACAAGAACUUGUGCAUUAAUCUCUUCAUUGCAGAGUUAAUAUUCCUAAUUGGUAUCGAUAUGACGGAACCCAGGAUUGGCUGUGCCAUCAUUGCGGGGAUCCUGCACUUCUUCUUCCUAGCUUCCUUCUCCUGGAUGUGUCUUGAGGGAGUCCAGCUGUACCUCAUGCUUGUAGAAGUCUUUGAGAGCGAAUACUCGCGGAAAAAGUACUACUACGUGUCUGGUUACCUCUUCCCCGCCAUCGUUGUCGGCGUCUCAGCAGCUAUUGACUACAGGAGCUACGGGACCAAGAAAGCGUGCUGGCUAAGUGUGGAUAAUCAUUUCAUAUGGAGUUUUAUAGGACCUGUCACCUGUAUCAUCAUGCUCAAUCUCAUCUUCCUGGUGAUCACAAUGUACAAAAUGGUGAAGCACUCCACCACCCUGAAACCAGACUCUAGCCGACUGGAGAAUAUAAAAUCCUGGGUCAUGGGUGCUUUUGCUCUGCUGUGCCUGCUCGGUCUCACCUGGUCUUUUGGGCUCUUCUUCAUCAGCGAGGCCUCCAUUGUUAUGGCGUACCUCUUCACCAUAUUCAACACCUUCCAAGGAAUGUUUAUCUUCAUUUUCCACUGCCUUCUCCAGAAAAAGGUCCGCAAAGAGUACAGCAAGUGCUUCCGCCACACGUACUGCUGCGGAGGGCUGCCGACUGAGAGCUCGCACGGUUCUGCGAAGACUUCCACCACACGGACCAGCGCACGCUACUCCUCUGGCACACAGAGUCGUAUCAGGAGAAUGUGGAAUGACACCGUAAGAAAGCAAUCUGAGUCCUCCUUUAUCUCAGGUGACAUCAACAGCACCUCCACCCUUAACCAAGGAAUGACCGGGAACUAUCUACUAACAAAUCCUCUCCUGCGACCACAAGGCACUAACAACCCUUAUAACACCUUACUGGCUGAGACAGUCGUAUGUAACACUCCCACAGCUCCAGUGUUUAAUUCACCAGUGACCUACAGAGAGACAAGGCACUCACUGAACAAUGCGGUGAGGGACACAAGUGCAAUGGAUACUCUACCGCUAAAUGGUAACUUUAAUAAUAGCUACUCGCUCCGUAAUGGGGACUUUGGCGACAGUGUGCAGGUAGUAGACUGCGGCCUGAGUCUGGACGAUGCUGCCUUUGAGAAAAUGAUAAUCUCCGAGCUAGUACACAACAACCUGCGUGCCUGUAAUAAAAGCCACCAACAGCAACAGCAGCAGCACCACAGUUUACAUCAUCCACCCCACCACCAGCAGCCACCGCAGUACCACCAUCACCACCACACGGAGCGGGCUCCGCCCAAGGUGACGGUGGUAGGUGGAAGCAGCAGCGAAGAUGACGCUAUUGUGGCUGACGCUUCGUCUUUGGUCCACGUGGGUGACACGGUGGGCCUCGAGCUGCACCAUCAGCAGGAGCUGGAGGCACCUCUCAUCCCCCAGCGGACUCACUCGCUUCUGUAUGCACCCCAGAAGAAGGUGAGGACCGAUGGGGGAGUCGAUACGUUUGUCAGCGAGCUGACACCCACCAAUCCCGAUGAUAGUCUGCAGUCCCCAAACAGAGACUCCCUGUACACUAGUAUGCCUAAUCUGAAAGACUCUCCGUACCCCGAGAGCAGCCCUGAUGUUGUGGAGGACCUGUCCCCCUCCAAGAGGAGCGAGAAUGAGGACGUUUACUACAAGAGUAUGCCUAACUUGGGGGGUGGCCAGCAGCUCCAAGCCUAUUACCAGAUAGGCCGAGGGAGCAGCGAUGGUUACAUUAUUCCCAUUACUAAAGAGGACAGCAUCCCUGAAGGCGACGUACGAGAAGGACAGAUGCAGUUAGUGACAAGCCUUUAAAUGUAUUUAAAUCAUCCCCAGACCUUUCCCAGCCUUCCUGCAGCCCUGAACUCUUGGAGGACAUUAUAAAAGGGAAGGGAGGCAUUUUUCUUUACCUUUUUUUAAUGGGUUUUUUUGUUUGUUUGUUUGGGGUUUGUUUGUUUAUUUGAAGAGAGCUUAAAAGCCCCGCCAUUUACACUUAGCCAUCUGCAAACCUACAUCUCCAUUGCCAUCUUCUUCUCAUGCCACCCUUCCUAACUUCCCUGCAGACCAAUAGACUUGGAGCACAGCUGUGGCAGUGCAGAGUUUUAAUGAGACUGUACAUAAAAUGCAGAGUCAAAUUUCAAUUUUAAGAGACAAGCCAACUAUGUAUUUAAAUGUGCUGCUGCUGUUGAUUAAUUGAGAAAAUUUUAAGGUACGAAAAUUUAAAAAUGUAAAAAAAAAAAAAAAAGGAAAAAAAAAGGAAAAAACAGGAAAAAGGAAAAAAAAAUAGAGAGCAAGAAAGAAUCAGUACUGGCUACAUCCAAUCAGCAACCUCCCAGUCAAAAGGCUGUACAUACACUCCCCAACAACCUAGCUGAAGCCUGUUUUUUUUUCUUUUUUGUUGGGUUUUUUAAAAUAUUGUAUACAGAACAGUACCCCUGGACCAGGACAUGGACAUGUUUGCAAAGUGUUCCUGAUCAAACUGUUAGAAAAGGAAUAUAAGGUCCUGAUCGGUCUCCAUCACCAUCAAGUUUGGAUUGUAUAACCACUAGCAAUCAAGCCCCUGGCCUUAUAUUUUCUCAACUGUAACUUGAACUGUUGUCAAGGAAAAAUGGCUAAAAUAUAUAUUUUGUUGUAUUGCUAGUGUAAAAUAAAAAAAAUUCAAUGGGAAACCAUAAAUAUGAAGAAACCUUAUAAUUGCAAAAUCUAACGUUUGAGAGACUAUUGUGUAGAAGUUGCACAUAUGUUAUUCAGUGUGUUUAUGGUUCCAACACUUCAUUCAUGGUAGUGCGUUUGAACGUUAAGGCUUAUAAAAAGAGAGAUCGAGUCAACUAAUUACAAAGAUGCAUUAUCGCCUUUUCCACUUGUGAACAGUGUUUUUUUCUUCCAUCGAUAUCGCCCAUGUUUAAAUAUGUUUAUUUGACUUUGCCAUUUACUUUGGUAGAAUGGGAAUGCAAAAACCCCAGUUAAGGUGACUUAUGCAUUGCACAGUUUUUUUGUGUAAUUCUGGCAGAUAUAGAUCUUUUUAAGUGACGGCAGAGUGGUGGGCGAGCGCAAAUGAAACGAGCGACUUUGAACAAUAAAGUUCCUAUCAUAAAUGUAGUUCUUCCGCUUGGGUUUGGAUAUUUUAUUUAUUAAAAUCUUUCCAAAAAAAAGAAUAAAUAAAUGGGAAAUGUGUGAAUAUUUUCCAGCACUGGUAUACAUGCUGUACUGUAGCUCAUGUUUUUUAUGUAAACAUGUUACCAAGGGGCUCUUCACUUAAGACUGAUGUAAAGUUCAACACUUGUUUAACAAAUAAAAUAAAUGUGAGAUUUUUUGUCAAAUGCCAGUUGCUUUUUAAUGGUUUGUGGUUUUGGUACUAUUUGAGAAAACAGCUUUUAUUAUUUUGCUAUGGACAAAAUACACUUUUGACUCAGGUUACAAGUUAAGUCCCGAGCACCUUGACAGGUAAAUUAGUGAAUUUAUUUGUUUAUUUGCUUUCUUUUCCUGCUAUUUCUUUGCUAACUGCAGAGUUUAGAGAGCGCGUAUGUGUUACAGAGAAGCCAAAUCUUUCCAUGUGAUUCAAAGAUGAGAAACUCAGGUAGGAAAACUGCAUUGUAAAUGUUCCUCUGUGUGGUUGUGACACUAAUAAAGGCUAAGAAAAACACAAAAAACCCCGACACUGGUUCAAAGCAUUGUCCACUUAGUAUAUUUUUAAAUGAGCACUAGACUGAGCGCCAUUAAAGGGUCUGGCAGUACGGAAGUCUUGUAGUAAGAUGUUGGCUUAAAAUGCCGUGUGGGAGUGGAAAUGUGUCCACAGACCUAACAAGGGGUCAAUGUAACACUUGGCUGCGGCUGUAGAAAUAUAUUAUACAUAAUAUGUCCAGCUAUGACACAUAUUUGCUCUAAUUAAUGUCUGCUUCUGCUGGAGCCCACAGUCAGUUCUUGGGUGGUUUAUGCCUCAGGUAGUGCUAAUUUCUGAAGCAUUUUAAUAUAACACCAGUUGAGGCAGAGUGACAGCUCUCAGCAGGGUUGCUGGAAAUUGCACUGUUUACCAUUUGGCAUUGAAGGAAAUGACUCAGAACUUAGCAAAAAUGCACUUUAUGUCAGUGCACAUAAGGCUGUGUGGGCUGUGUGUUGUUUUGACUUUUUCAACAAUUAUGUGACAUUUUGUGCAAUUAUCUGAGGCUUCAAAUUGUCAUAGAAGAAUUAUGUUCCUUUUUUUGUGAUCUCUUGUACAGACCCCUUGAAUGUCAGUUUGGAAUCAAGUGUUGUGGUGAUUGUUGACUGUUGAAAUGGCAGGCAUAAUGACAUGCAUAAUAAUGAGAAAAAAAGCAUAUUGAUUUCCUGCAUUGUAAAACAUGCAGCGCCAUUUUAUCUGUGUUUAACAUCCCUUAACGUUUGAUAGCGUACACGUAAUUUGAAAGCAUAAAAUUAGUCUUAAGAAUGACAAAUAUAAAUAUUAUAACGAAUUGAUAGUCUUUUUGACAGCGGAAUGACAAAAUAUGUGCCGUAAAAGUCACAAAAAGUAAUGCUAAACUGACAAUGCGUAUUAAAAAGAAGUGGCUAACCCACACUUACAGAGGGAAAAUAUGCCUUUUUGAGUGCAGAACAAUGUGUUAAACCUCAGAACUUCCACCACAGUUAACACUGAAAGCAAUGCUCCAUUGUCAGACCUGCAGGUUUGUCUUUGCUCAUUGUUUUUGUUAGGAUAAAUCUCACUCAGAAGCACCAUUCACCCGAUUUAUCUGUUUACCUGAAACAAAAAAAACCUCUCCAGUGCAAGAUUAUGUACAAAUUGUAAAAUAAAGUUCAUUUUAACAGCCGAA